UGACAAACCAAACAGCACAGCAGCUGCAGCAGCCGAUACUUACAGAUGUGGCGAAAUCAACAAAUCAUUUUUCUUAAAAGAAAUGUAGACUUUUAUUUCUUGGCGCAAACAAGAUUUCUUACAUCUGUCUUGUGCCAUUUCAUAUUGGUCAACUGCAUAAUCUAGCAAUGAGCGAAAAUGAAAACUUCAUUAGCUGGAAGUCUUCAAGCUUAUGUGUGUGCUCGUCCCCCAGCAGUGACAUUCUUUUUAAGUGUGAUAGGCAUAACACUGGCAGUUUUACUUGUAGCCUUUAACAUACAGAAUAUGGAUGUAGCUUAUGAUUUGCGAUUAAAAGAGGAUUGGAUCAAUUUGAUGGAUCAUUUAAGUAAACAAAAACUGUGCACUAACAUGUCUGAAAACAAUCAGUCAUCUCUUAGCACAUCGACUGAAGUUGCAAGGCUAUCCAAUGCAACAUUUUUACCUGUUAAAAUUAAACACUUAAAUGUUAACCAAUUUUCAUGGCUAGAUUGGAAGAGUAAACCUAUGGCAUUUGUCGGUAACAUCAGUUUAAAAGGAUUGAAGAAAUCGUGUGAUGCAGAGGUUAAAGAGAGUGAGAAUGUGACCCUUAUCCUUGUCAUACCCUCUGCUGGAAGCGUUGAUUCUUUGGAUGAUGUUACCUCUUGUGUACAUUUUCUUGGACCAUCUCAUCUUUUCCUACCUACAUCACUCACAUCAGGAGUGCCAAGUUUUGUAACCAGUGAAAUUUGCAGUCAUUUAAACGUGUCAGAACAGGCUAGAAACUUUUAUGUGCUUCAAGACCGAAGUGAAAUGGGCCAAACAGAAGCAAAAACAAACAGCAAAGUUUGUAAAAUUGAAGAUACUAUUACACUUUCAUAUGAUCCUAAAAUUUACAGACCACAAGUUCAGUUGACUGAGGCUGAGAAGUUGAAAAUAUUUUCAAACCUUAUGCUAGGUGUUUACUUCCUGCUUGGAUUUAUUUGUGCAUUAUUAUUGAUUGCUAUCCUUCAGGGCAGAAAACUUCUUAUCACACCGAGGCACACACUCCUCCCAUCAAAGGAAACAUUAUAGUUUUGUUUCAUUCCUGUGGGUGUGGGUCCAGCUGGUCUAUCCUUAUGGGUGGUUCAUGGACUGCAAUUAUUGUAAGUUUGCUAUAUUCCAUGCAACUGUUCAGUGAAAUGGAACUGAAGUGACAGGCGUUUUAGUUUAGGGAAAUAUGAAAAAGUAUCAGAGACCUUGGAGGGAUUUAUUUAUAUUUUUCCACUAUUUACAAAUAUUUAUGUAACACUUUACAACAUUUUACUUUCAACAGAGAGUAGAAUAAAAAGAUAUUUAACACCAUAUUUACAUGGAAUAUUGGACAUCUUCAAGUGCUAAAAAUUUGUGCUAUGUUAUGUGGACUUGGAAAUAACUUUGUAUUUCUGUAAACAAGUAUGUCUGCUUUGAGGAAAAUAUAGUUUAGUUUUAUGAUUCAUAA